AUAUUAAUUAAGAAAAGCAAAAGAUUAGGGAGAAGAAAAUCAACAGCGCAGCACAGCGCAGCGUAGCAGCAGCGGAGCCCGUGUGCGAGCAGCAGGAAGUACAGAAAGUGGAAGGGAAGAGAACCCAAACCAACCCCACUGCUAAACCCAACUACCUUCUUUAUCUCCCUCUCUUCUUAUUAGUAUUCUCUUGCACGCAAGAAGAAAGGUAAAACCCUUCCUUCAGAAUCAGAUCCUGAUUCAUUGGGUGUCCCUCCUGCAUUCCAAUUUUAUUCACAUUUAUUGGGCUUAAGUGCUCUGCUUCCACUCCCGUCGAUCGCGAUUGGAUUUUCGAACCUGGUUGGGUUAGGUUUUCCAACCAUUAAUUUCUCCAGCUACUUACUACUUUACUUGCAUCAUUACCAGUGGCAAUGGCGCCACUUCCUUCUGCCUGAGACCGGUGGUCGUAGGGACUUGACUUCACUAUGGCGGACUCUAACACAAGCUCAGUUGAUGUGAUUUUGGAGUUUCUUCGGAGGAACCGAUUCACGAGAGCCGAGGCAGCUCUGCGCAGUGAGAUCAAUAAUCGCCCUGACUUGAAUGGCUUCCUUCAGAAGCUCACAUUGGAAGAAAAAGCCUCACGUGAUGUGCCUCAAAGUAAUAAGGGGAAGCCUGUGCUUGAGUUUCAAGCGGUGGACACUCUUGAAGUUUCUAAAGAACUGAUCGUCACGGAAAUCGAGUGUGGGAAUGGUCGAAAUGCCGCCGAAAGAAAAUGGAAAACUGCUGCUCCCACUUUGGUGGAACGGAGUAAAUCGGAUGAAGCGGUUGGAACUGGUGAUAAGAACUUCAUUUUCUCCAAGACUUCAGAGGAUGGCAUGCUUGAUUUACACACUUGGAAGUUCAACCCUGGCAAAGCCCCUGUGGAGCCUUACCAAAACGAUGCUGGUAGCAGGGCUAAUACUGCUUUAAGCAUGAAGGCCACAGUAUCUCAACAAUCGAAACGUCAAACUAAUGAAGCUGUGGAUCCAAGUGUUGCCAAUACCAGUUCAAAGUCUGGGGAGGAAAAUGCUGCUCUUGUUGACAAAAAAUCUCUGUGGUCUGGAAGUAGUAGUAAAACCUCUGUGGAUCUUAAGUACGACCUUGUGCAAAGCAAAGAACCUAUGGAACUCGAUCGGCAACUUAAAUUCAAUAAUUCAUCUCUUAAAGGGAACUUUCCAGAUAAUCCCUGGUCAAAAAUGGAUGAGAAUGUGAAUUCGUCUUCAGAUUCCUGCAAAAAUUGUGUCAAGACGGUAUUCCCCUUCUCGAAAGGGGAUGUGUCUACAAACUUCGAUGGUGCAACUUAUUCUGACAAAAAGGAGGAGAAAAAAGGGGUAGAAAUUAGUGAUACCAGAACAUCCAUAAAAGAGCAGGUGGAUGAAUCAGGGAGGUCUAUUUACUUGGUCAAGACACCUGUCAGUUCUGAACAAAAGUUGACUGGCAGUUUAAGGUUUCCUCUUCCACCUGAAAAUGAGAAGGAAGAAUUUCCCAGGCUUCCUCCUGUUAAACUCAAGUCAGAUGAUAAGCCCUUGGUUGUUAACUGGGAAGAGAAGUUUGAGCGAGAUGGGCCAACUUCAAAACCCCCGGGUACUGACAGCACUUUUCUUAUUGGUUCGUAUCUGGAUGUACCUAUUGGACAAGAUAUUAAUCCUUCAGGUGUGAGGAGGGCUACAGGGGGCAGUUGGUUAUCUGUAAGUCAAGGGAUAGCGGAGGACACAUCUGAUCUUGUAUCGGGAUUUGCUACAGUUGGCGAUGGGUUGAGUGAAUCUAUUGACUAUCCGAAUGAAUAUUGGGACUCCGACGAAUAUGAUGAUGAUGAGGACGUUGGGUACAUGAGGCAACCUAUUGACGAUGAGACCUGGUUUUUGGCACAUGAAAUUGAUUACCCUAGUGACAAUGAAAAAGGGGCUGGGCAUGAAAGUGUUCCGGAUCAUCAGGAAAGAGGUCUGGCCAAAGAUGAGGAUGAUGAUCAAUCUUUUGCUGAGGAAGAUUCUUACUUUUCUGGGGAGCGAUAUCUUCAGGCAAAUAAUGUUGAGCCAGUCACAGCUACUGAUGAUUCUAUUGGUCUGACAGUUACUGAGUAUGGAAGGACCAAUGAUAAUGAUUUAAUGGCUCAAUAUGAUGGACAAUUGAUGGAUGAAGAAGAAUUGAACCUUAUGUGUGCAGAACCCGUCUGGCGGGGCUUUGUCCCUCAGACUAAUGAACUCAUCAUGCUAGGAGAUGGGAGGGUGUUGAAUGAUAAUGUAAGAUCACGGCUAGAGAAAAUCAAAAUGGAUGAUGAUCAACAUGGUUCGGUUAGGUCAAUUGGGGUAGGGAUCAAUAGUGAUGCUGCAGAUAUUAGUAAUAAAGUGCGUGAAAGUUUGGUUGGUGGUAGUAGUGAAGGAGAUUUAGAAUAUUUCCACGAUGUCGGGUUUGGUGGCAGGCACUCCCAUCGUGAUUUGGACAAGAAAUCUACUAACAAAUCAAAUAUAAGUAAGAACAAUGACCAGAGUGAGUCAAAUAAAUAUGUCAUAGGAUGUGACAGAGAUGCACAGUUCCAGAUAAAAACUCAUGGUGAUGGGAACUUCUCUUUUCCCCUAUCUUUGAAGGAUGGUGAGAUAAUUCAGGCUUCCACCGAUAAGUCCCUGUGGUCAAAUAACGACAAUGCAGAUGAAAUUGAUGACUGCCUUAGUGCAUUUGUGGAAACUGAUGACAUGCUUGCUUCGUGGAGGCGAAAGAGUAGUGAUUCAUCACCUGCUAGAAGUUCUAGGGGUGAUAAUAAUGCUAACAAUGUAAGAUCCGCAAACUCUUCUCCAACAACAAUUUCAAAUUAUGGAUAUUCUGAAAGAGAGCGUGUGAAGGUGGAGGAGGAUGAAAACACUGGAAUUACUAGGGAAGAUGAGCUAGGAGCAGAGGAUGAAGAGGUAGCUGCUGUGCAAGAGCAAGUAAGGCAGCUAAAGGCACAGGAGGAGGAAUUUGAAACUUUCAAUCUAAAGAUUGUGCACAGGAAAAACAGAACUGGUUUUGAGGAGGACAAGAAUUUCCAUGUUGUUUUAAAUUCUGUAAUAGCUGGAAGGUAUCAUGUUACGGAGUAUCUGGGAUCUGCUGCAUUUAGCAAAGCCAUACAAGCUCAUGACCUACAUACAGGCAUGGAUGUUUGUGUUAAAAUUAUAAAGAACAACAAGGACUUCUUUGACCAAAGUCUUGAUGAGAUCAAGCUUCUCAAGUAUGUCAAUAAGCAUGAUCCUGGAGACAAGUAUCACAUUCUUCGAUUAUAUGAUUAUUUCUAUUAUCGAGAACAUUUGUUAAUAGUAUGUGAACUACUUAAAGCAAACUUGUACGAGUUUCAUAAAUUUAAUAGAGAAUCAGGUGGUGAAGUGUACUUUACAAUGCCAAGAUUGCAGUCAAUUACCAUUCAGUGUUUGGAAGCACUUCAGUUUUUGCAUAGCCUUGGACUAAUACACUGUGACUUGAAACCGGAGAAUAUUUUGGUUAAGAGCUAUAGUAGAUGUGAGGUGAAGGUCAUUGAUCUUGGAAGUAGUUGUUUUGAGACGGAUCACCUUUGCUCUUAUGUUCAGUCAAGGUCCUAUCGUGCUCCUGAGGUUAUUUUGGGACUUCCAUAUGAUAAGAAGAUUGAUAUCUGGUCUCUUGGCUGCAUCUUGGCAGAACUUUGUACUGGCAAUGUCCUCUUGCAAAAUGAUUCCCCUGCAACAUUACUUGCGCGGGUGAUUGGGAUCAUUGGUCCAAUUGAUCAAGGUAUGCUUGCAAAAGGACGGGACACCUAUAAGUACUUCACCAAAAAUCAUAUGCUUUAUGAAAGAAAUCAGGAAACCAACAGGUUAGAAUAUUUGAUUCCAAAAAAGACAUCCUUGAGGCAUAGAUUGCCAAUGGGAGACCAAGGCUUCAUUGACUUUGUGGCUCACUUGCUUGAAGUCAACCCUAAGAAGCGACCCUCUGCAUCUGAAGCCCUGAAGCAUCCAUGGUUAUCGUACCCUUAUGAACCCAUAUCAUCUUGAAAUAUUUGGAGGGUUCUUUAUGGUCCUAAUCUCACAUACCCAAAGUUGUUUCAGAGUGGAGGACCCACUGAUACAUCCUUCCUUUCUGCUUUUCAUUGUCUAUUUUAAAGAGGAAAUGGAGUUGUGCCCUUCCACAUUCAUGCAUACUGCUUUGGAAGGGUUUUGGUUGUCGGAAAUGUCUGUCUCUUCUUCUCCUAACCAAAUUGUGUUCCAGUGACAAUCAAACGAUGUAAUUGUGCACGUAUGGUGUUAUGUUAGUUAGGUUUAUACUUUCUUUGUUCUGCCGGACAAGGAAAUCUUAGAAUCUUCUUGUACAUGGUAUGUGAUAAUUCUUUUAGGAUAUGUAGUAAUAUUUUUGUGAUAUAUUAAAUGUAUCCUAAAUCCAAUUUUGUAUGGCGUGCGACACCACACUUGGGAGGGAGCACCGGUCAAAGAUUAAAGAAAAGCUGUUGACAAUGUGAAUCAUUUAAUACCACGUGCUUUCUUUGCAUGGAACCCCAAACUCAAUUUGUAUCUUGAUACUGUUAAGGAACAUUUUGUUCGGUUUUA